AUGCUUCGAAAAGGUAUAGUAACGAAAAAAAAUAAAAUUUAUUUUCUGUGGUGCAUUAAUAAAGUUGUUAAGAGAAACACAUGUACAACUGGAAAUGGUUAUAACUCUAGGAUAGCUGGAGAGAGAUAUUAUGAUAUCAGAAGCAUCAAAGACGAUGAACAGCUAAGUAAAUUCUAUUCGUUAUAUAACAAAAGUAAACCAAGUGAUUUAUAUGAUGAUUAUAUUGACUUAAUUAAUAGUAACUUAAAAGGUAAAUGUGCAAGGAGUGAAGUAGAAGGAUGUUUGAAAAUUAUGAAAUACGUUGCUAGUGCAACAUCAUUGGUUCAUUUGAUGAGCUCCAGAGAGUACUUUAACCAAAAUAAAAGCAGUAAGGGUAGUAGUAGUAGUAGCAGUAGUAGCAGUAGUAGCAGUAGCAGUAGCAGUAGUAGGAGCGAAUACUAUAAAAAUAGCACGAACAGAGCGACCAACACGUACAGCACUAGCAGUACUAACAGAACGAACAGAACGAACAACACAAAUAGCACUAGCACGAAUAAUGUUUAUUACAUUCAUAACAUAGGGAGGGCAAGAAUAAACAAAGAAGACAUUAUCCGAAGUAAGGAAAAUGAUCGGGUGUGCCUGAAAUAUUUUCUUAAUAAUAACAUGUAUAAAUUUAUUUCAGAAUUAAAAAAAUGUGAUAUAUGGAAUUAUAAAGAGAAAAAUGUUAAUAAAGAUUAUAUGGAUUACUUUAUUGUAUUUCCUCUAACUUAUGUUCAUAAAAAAAAAAAUAGUAAUAGCUCCGUUUCUUCGUCUUCCUUUUCUCCUUUCCUCCCUUCUUACCAUUUUGAUGGUACUAUUUUUUUUAGUUAUAUUCACAAAGAUAAUAAAAAUUUAUUUAUAGAUAUUGUUAAAAGGAUGGAUUAUAAUUUAUUAACUUCACAAGAAAUAAAUAAUUUGCUAGUCGUGUUAACAGUCCUUCAUCAUAAUAAUAUAUCCAUGUCAACAGACAAAAGUAAUGUUAUUAAAAAUGCAUCAAACGAAAAUGUUCUUUAUAAGAAUAAAGAAUACAUAAAUAAAAAAUUACUCACUAGUAUUUUUAUUAAUAUAUAUAAGUGUAUUUCUGCAAAACAGAAUUCCAUUUCUUUUUUGUAUUUAUAUGACUAUCUUUUGUUAAUGUGCGUUAACGAAAUAAAAAAUAGGGACCUGUACAUAAAUAUUGUGAACCAGCUGUCAAAUUAUGUAAAUGUAAUUAAUAAAAUAAGUAACAGCAAUAAUAGUUCGAAGGGGGAAAUCGAGGAGCCGUACGAUGAGGCAGACGAAAUCACCCCCCACCCAGGCUCACAUUGGGAUGUACCCCUGGUUAGCAAUAGCGGCGGUAGUAGCAGCGGUAGUAGCAGCGGUAGUAGCAGCGGUAGUAGCAGCAGUAGUAGCAGCGGUAGUAGCAGCGGUAGUAGCAGCGGUAGUAGCAGCAGUAGUAGCAGCGGUAGUAGCAGCGGUAGUAGCAGCGGUAGUAGCAGCAGUAGUAGCAGCGGUAGUAGCAGCGGUAGUAGCAGCAGUAGUAGCAGCGGUAGUAGCAGCGGUAGUAGCAGCGGUAGUACUAGUGAUAGUAACAGAGGCAAUAGCAGAUGCAGUACUGAUGAGGAGGGUGCAUAUAAGCACAGUCAAUCUGCUCCAUAUUGCGUUGGUAGAGAAAAGUUAAAUGCAGAGCAACAAGUGAAUACAAGAAACGAAUCGUCGUUAAACGAAGGAGAAUGUGGAGAGGAAUCAUACCUCGAUCCUGAUCAUCAUAGUAGUAAGGCCAAUAUAACAGAUUAUAACAUUAAUGAAAAAUUAAACCAAUUUAGCUUAAAUGCGAUAGAGUAUGAAAAUGAACAUUUCCAGCUAAGUAGACAAAAUUAUUUAUAUAUGAAGAAUAAUUUAUGUACUAUAAAAAAUAAGGUUUUAGCUAAGAUACUACUAAUAUAUAUAAUGAAAUAUGUCUUUGGUCAUAUAGAUAACAAUAUAUUAUAUGCACACUCAGACUUAUUAUGUGACAAUUUAGAAUUAAUUCCACCAUAUAUGACUACAAAUUUUAUAUUUACUAUUGGGACAUGUAAAUAUAUUGAUGAAUUUUGUAUGUUUAUGCUAGCUAAAUAUGUACAGAAUAAUAUACAUACAUAUACUCCCAAUGAAAUUACUAUAAUUGUAAAUACGUAUGCUGAUGCAGCAUUAGAAGAUGUAUGUUUUUAUGAAACCAUUUGUGAUCAUAUAAAAUAUCAUUUUAAUAAUUUUUCUUGCACUGAUAUAAUUAAGGUAGUUUAUGCCCUUUCAAAAGUGAGAGUGCGAGAUUUACAAUUGCUGAAAAUGGCAUAUGCAAAAAUAAAUCGAUAUUUAGAGCAAAGGGAUAAAUAUCUUUAUAUGAACAGUCAGCUAAGGGGGUUGGAUCUGAAAAAUGGGGUGAACCAUUUUUAUGCCACUAGUAUAGGCGGUAACCGCAUGAGUAGCAAAAGAGAGGGUGAUAACCGCGUAAGUGAUAACCGCGUAAGUGAUAUCCGCGUAAGUGAUAACCGCGUACGUGAUAACCGCGUACGUGAUAACCGCGUAAGUGACUACCACUUCUGGGGCAAAAAGAACAACAACAUCGUCAUCAAUAAAUACCUGUGUGCGUAUGCCCUAAUUGCAGCGGGAAAAUUAGAUUAUUAUGAUGAAGUCAACAAACUAUUUUUAUAUUUAAAAGAGAGUAUACAAAAGGAUGGGAUUGAUAUAAGGGGUGUGUUAUGGAUGCCAAUAGCUAUAACCAAUUUUAUAAGUUUUGAAUGUAUAUUUCAUUUUUUACCAAUAUAUGUGGAUUUAAUUUAUCAUGCUUUUAAAAAAACACAGUCCCCCAAAUUAUUAUCAUUGUUAAUAAGAAGACAUAGUAUUUUGUUACACACCAUUGAAACAGAUAUAAUUCCGAAACAAUAUAUUGAUAAAAACACGUUAAAUAAUUUAUUUUUUAUAUGUAAAAGUAAAAAAGAUAAUUCAAGGGAGAAAGUAUUUAUACCGGAUAGCUCUACUUUUCACAUUGAAGUGUCUAAUGCUUUGUUAUCAUUAGAUAUACCACAUAAAAAAGAAGUCAACGUUUAUCCAUUUACUAUCGAUAUUUUUAUUAAAACAGAAGCAAAUUGUGAACCGACAAAUAUUGCAAACAAUUUUAAUUCGUAUAAUCAAAUGGCUAACGAUGAUUUGAAUAAAGAAAAAAAAAAAAUAAAAAAAAAUAAAUUAUUCUCAUAUGACGAAGAUACAAACUUUGAACACACUUUUGAAACGAAGAAGGUGAAAAAUAAGGCCAAGAACAAAAACGAGGUGUACACUGAUGUACCUUUUGCCUAG